UGUCGUUAGUUUGUUAGUUAUUCACUUGUACAAAGUCUUCGAGAAAUGAAUCUAGGGAGACAGGGAUCGAGACAACCAUAUAACUGAUCUGUGUUUGUCUGCUUGCUAAACAUGGGACGACUUUGCAUUUAUUUCUUGAACUAUGGAAUUCAUUUAUCGUAUCAUGUUUAUAUCUAUAGAUAUUAAAUAUCAAUUUUUUUUUGACUAAUAUCAAAUUUUAUUUGCUCUUCUAAUAAAACUAUUGGUAUUUGGCGCCUGAAUGAUAUUGCGAUGGUAUUAUCAUAGUUCGUGAUAAAAAUGCUGAAUAAUAAUUUUUUAUAUAUUAGAUAUGCACCCAACAUAUUUGAGUCAACGCAAAGAAUAAAAAUAUAAAAAUCUCAUAAACUACCAUCCAAAGCCUAUUAAUCUAGUCAAGAUGUAUACCAUCUUACAUCAUUAUUCAUAAUCAUUACUACACAAAUAUAAUGGCCCCCCUUGAAGAAUUAUACCCAUCAGAGUUCUCUGAUACAGCCAAUCAUUCAUUUUACUAAAUAAUAAUUAAUUCUAAUAAUUAUUUUGAAUCUCAAACUGUACCACCACACACUCACAUAUAAGAGUAAUCUUGAUACGGAAGUACAGAUAAAGAAAGAGAGAACAAAAGAAAAUCAAGCAGAAAGAAAUAUAAGAUUUUAUAAAGUAAAAGUAGAAUAAGAGAAAUGGGAAAAGCAGUAGUAUCUGAGAAGAUGAAGCUUCUUGUAGCUUUGAUAACUUUACAAUUCUGUUUCGCAGGUUUCCACAUUGUCUCAAGAGUUGCACUUAACAUUGGUGUUAGUAAAGUGGUCUAUCCUGUUUACAGAAACAUUCUUGCUCUUCUUCUCAUUGGUCCUUUUGCUUACUUUUUGGAGAAGAAGGAAAGGCCUCCUCUCACAUUCUCAUUACUUGUUCAGUUCUUUCUCUUAGCACUAAUAGGAAUCACAGCAAAUCAAGGAUUCUACCUCUUGGGACUGACAUAUGCAUCUCCAACGUUUGCUUCAGCAAUGCAGAACUCUGUUCCUGCAAUCACUUUCAUCAUGGCUUGUACCCUAAGGAUCGAGCGCAUAAACCUUGUUCGAAGACACGGUGUAGCCAAAGUGUUAGGGACUAUAGUGAGCAUAGGUGGAGCAACAACCAUCACAUUGUACAGAGGAUUCCCACUUCUUCACAGAAGUCUUACGGCGCAAGAAACCAUUAACAAGUCUCAGAAUUGGACACUUGGAUGCUUAUACCUUAUGGGACACUGCUUGUCAUGGGCUGCUUGGAUGGUUCUUCAAGCUCCUGUCUUAAAGAAGUACCCAGCGAAGCUGACUUUAACAUCAUUCACAUGUUUCUUUGGUCUGAUUCAGUUUCUGGUCAUUGCACUGUUUGUUGAAACUGAUCCCAAUAAUUGGAUCAUUGGCUCAUGGGAAGAGCUCUUCACCAUCCUAUACGCGGGAAUAGUGGCGUCUGGUCUGGUGGUUUAUCUUCAAACAUGGUGUAUUUACAAAGGCGGUCCUGUCUUUGUAGCUGUCUUUCAACCACUCCAGACACUUCUAGUAGCUGCAAUGGCAUUUGUUGUCCUCGGUGAUCAACUGUACUCUGGAAGCAUUGUUGGCUCAGUGUUCAUAAUGUUGGGGCUGUACUUAGUCCUUUGGGGUAAAACAGAGGAGAAAAGACAGGUGAAUGAAGCGUCAAGUCAAGAAGAAGAUCAUGAGUCGUCACUCACCAAAAACCUUCUUGGAGAUGAAACUAAAGAAGCUCAUGAUUCUGAAUCUCCAGUUUAAGACAGCAUAUACAUGAAAACACAACUCAAGACAAUUUUCUAUGUAUAUACACACACAUGACAAGGAUAUAGCAAAUAAGAACUUUGCCAAACCAGAGGUCCUAUAGAAGGAUCUUGUUGGUGGUUUUUUUAUAUUUUUUUUUGUUUCCUGAGAUCAUUGCUAAGAACAAGCAUUUUGUAUCGUUUCAAUCUUACUGUUUCCAAUUGAUUUACUUUACAUUUGGAAUAUUGUACUCCCUCAAAUACACAUAUUCCUAUUCUACUGAUGUGGACUGAAUCUAGAAAUAGAGUGGUGGGACAUAAAAAAAAUUAUGUUUGACAAACAAACAUUAUCUGCGGAAGCAAACUCAAAAGAUUGUUUCUUGAAAGAAAUACAAAACCAGGCGACUUAGCUUCAAUGGCACAUGGUUGAAACUAGGCAUGGGCGCUCUGAUACAUCUUCGAGUGCAGAUCGGGUUUUUCAGGUUUUUUGGAUAUUUGGUUUUGCCUUCCUAGAUCCCAUUUUAAAAAUUUUUAAGUACAUGUUGGAUUCGGAUAAUAACACUUCGGUUGUGGUUCUAAUUUUUUAAUGCAUCCUAGAACUGAUAAAGCAAUCAUACAUUGUUUGUAUUUGGGUGUUUCAGUUCGAUUCGGAUUAUACUGAAAUAAAAUACAUAAUUAAAAAUCUAAACAAAGGAAAUAUAAUACUUAGAAUGAAUAAAAAGUAUUCAACACACAUCAAACCCGAACAGAACUCCGUAUCUGAGAUAUCAUAAUAUGAAACUCGAUCGAGUUAUUUGUUAGAUCCGCAACAAAUCUAAUACUCUUAUUUCAAGUCGCGUUCGAGUUGGUUUUUAUGUCAUGCCUAGUUAAAAUAGAAGGUUCCAAUUUAACUAUUAAGCAAAACACAUGAAGAAGACAAAAAUAUAGGACUUGAUAGGAUAAACAAGGCAUUUCUAAUAUAUUCAUAAGUUUUUACUUCAAAAUGUUAUAACCAAAAAUAAAAUAAAAUUUGACACCAGUUUUUUUUCUUUAUUUUGGAGUAAAAACAGAAUAUUACAUAUGAGUACUCUAGAAAUUUCGAAAUGAAAGUAGAGUCAGGUUUAAAAGAAUUCAUUUCAAAUAAAAUUUUGAGUGGAAAAAAAUUGAGUUUGAAAUAUUUUAAGUUUGAAUGUAAUA